AUACCACAAGGCGUCACUAGGAGUUAAGGCGAAAAGACUGGGUCGAGGAACAGAGACGAGGCUACAAAAUGGCGGUCGAAGUAAAACGUUUAUGAAUGUGUUUUGGAGUUGAUUAGAUUAGCAUCGUUACUCGAAUAAUAUGUCGGUAACGUUGCACACAGAUGUUGGAGAUUUAAAGAUUGAAUUGUACUGCGAAGAAACACCGAAAACGUGCGAGAAUUUUUUAGCUUUAUGUGCUAGUAAUUAUUAUGACAACUGCAUCUUUCACAGAAACAUUAAAGGAUUCAUGAUCCAAACAGGAGAUCCAUCAGGUACAGGCAAGGGAGGACAAAGCAUAUGGGGUAGAAAGUUUGAAGAUGAGUUGAGUCCAUCUCUAAGGCACAAUGCAAGAGGUACAAUUUCAAUGGCUAAUAGUGGUCCAAACACCAAUGGUUCACAGUUUUUCAUCACAUAUGGAAAACAGCCUCAUUUAGACAUGAAGUACACAGUUUUUGGAAAGCUUAUUGAUGGUCUAGAAACCUUGGAUGACCUGGAAAAAUUACCUGUUAAUGAAAAGACACGCAGACCUUUAAGUGAAGUCAGGUUAAAAUCAGUCACAAUACAUGCUAAUCCUAUUGCUGACCAAGCCGCAUAGAAGAUAUACAUCAUUUAUAUUACUAACUUGACGUAAAGAAUGACAUUCUGAGUCAUUUGUUUCAGUAAUCUGCAAGUCUCAUACCUAACCAGUCGGUAGAUUGGCGGCAGCAAGACCAAAUUUCAGUGUGCAGCUCUCAGCUACAUACCCGGGGGGGUACUUGUUGUAGUCGCUCAGAUCGUGUAGAAUCAAGAUGUUUAUUUCAAGCCACUGUUAUAACUACUCAAGUACAAUAAGUAGUGUCUAUGA